GAACCUAAAAAAAAAAAAAAAUGCUCAGAACAACAAUGGCUGCUCUGUUCCGCCCCACCACCACAAAGUUACUACCUCUUCCCCUCAACAAUUUCCUCUCUCACCCCCUUCAGUUUAUAAUUCGACAAAACCACCUUCGUCUUCUCUUCAAACCAAUCAUCACGUCUCGCUCUCUAUCUUCUACAGCACCAGCAGUCCUUCAUGUCUCGCCCGACCCGUUAUUCAACCCGGAAAGAAAGUAUCUUUCAUGUUCAAUUCCAGACAGCCACCGCCCCCUCAGAAUAGCGGUCCUUCUUAGCGGCGGCGUUGAUAGCAGCGUCGCACUUCGUCUCUUGCACGCCGCCGGUCAUCAUUGCACUGCUUUUUAUCUUAAAAUCUGGUUUCAAGAAGAUUUUGAAAAUUUUUGGUCCGAAUGCCCGUGGGAAGAUGAUUUGAAGUAUGCGAAAGCUGUUUGCAAUCAGAUUAACGUGCCGUUGGAAGUUGUACAUUUGUCAGAUGAAUAUUGGGAUAAAGUAGUGUCUUACAUUAUAGACGAGUAUAGAUGUGGGCGUACACCUAACCCCGAUGUUCUUUGCAAUACAAGAAUUAAGUUUGGUGCAUUCAUGGAUGCCAUCAGUAGCAUGAAUUUUGACUUUGUUGGUUCUGGACAUUAUGCAAAGGUAGUUCACCCCGUUACAGAUGAAGCCAACGAGCUUUCAUAUCUUGAACUCUCAAAAGAUAUGGUUAAAGAUCAGACCUACUUUCUUUCAUAUCUCUCCCAGGCUCAGCUUAAAAGGCUCGUGUUUCCCCUAGGAUGUAUACCGAAGGAUGAAGUACGCAUUCUUGCCAGAAAAUUCGAUUUGCCCAACCAGGAGAGAAAGGAUUCGCAGGGAAUAUGCUUCCUUGGGAAGAUUAAGUUUAGUGAAUUUGUGGGAAGGCAUAUUGGCGAAAAAGAAGGUAUAAUAUUGGAAGCCGAAACAGGGGAUUUUCUAGGAGCUCAUAGGGGCUUUUGGUUUUACACAAUUGGUCAACGUCAAGGUUUGAAACUUGCAGGAGGGCCAUGGUAUGUUGUUGAAAAAGAUGUAAAAAACAAUGUAGUUUUUGUAUCAAGAAACUAUUAUUCGGUUGACAAAAGAAGGCGCUCAUUCCACGUUGGAUCUUUAAGAUGGAUCAGUGGAUCUCCUCCUCGUGAUCUUGACCACUUAAAAUGCAAGGUUCGUCAUGGCCCUGAUUUCUACAAUUGCAUUUUGCAUUUGGAACAUGCUGAAAACAGAACUGAAACCAUUGGUACUGUUCAGUUACCUGAAGAUGACCAGGGUCUGGCAGCUGGCCAAUUUGCGGUGUUCUACAAAGAACAGGUUUGUGUAGGGUCAGGUGUAAUCUUGGAAUCAUGGGACGAUAAUGGGUUUCCUGUUUGUGCUAAGGCUCGAGACAUUGCUAAACUGGAAGAUAAAUCUAAGCUCGGUAAACCUGUCAAGAUCAAGACAAGACCUGAGGAUUGUGUAAGAAAAACUAAAUGUGAAGAUGUUGUGAGAAUAAUUUAGAUAUUAUCAUUUAAAAAGAAGAAAAAAAUGUGUAGAUCUUAGUUGUAGAAAAGCUACAAAUCAAUAUGCAAAUUGGCAGCAUUUCUGACUGCCAUUUCUGAGAUUAGUUUUGGUGUAUAUGUAAAGAUGUAUGUAUUUGUUGAUGGGUAACCAGAUUUUGUUUUCAAUAAUAUAGAUGAGAUCCACUUGUAGUGUUGGAAA